CCACAGCGCAUUCAGUGUAGGGAGAAGCAGGGACUCACAGUGAGGGGCAACUUUUGUUACUAUGAAACUUAGGAAUUAUUGCAAAAUAUAGUGAAAAUUACCAAAAUCCCUCGUGAACCAAUAACCUGCCCCUAGGGUCUGAGGUUUUUAGUCUAGUUCGCCCGGAAAGGGCUUCGACACUCACUAUUCUGACACUUUUUUUUUCUCUUCUUUUUUUUUUUUUGGAAAGAAUGUGUGAGACAGGCAGUUAGCCAGCCAGCUAUAGCUAGCUAGCUAGCUAGCUAGCUGAGAGGUGAUACAGGCGGGCAGGAGAACAAAAGAUUUUUCCUCUUUUUUUUCGCGUUCUGGCCGGUUUGUACUGACACUCAAGUCCAUGCAGAACGUGUCAUUACCAUCACAAUGCCCGUUUUACUUUUUCUGAUAGACACGUCCGCUUCAAUGAACCAGCGCACCCAUCUGGGCACUACCUAUCUGGACAUAGCAAAAGGCGCUGUUGAGACUUUUAUGAAGCUCAGAGGCAGAGAUCCGGCGAGCCGAGGGGACCGGUAUAUGUUGGUAAAUUUUGAAGACGUCCCCUUCGGGAUCAAGGCCGGAUGGAAGGAGAGCCACGCCACGUUCAUGACAGAGCUCCGGAACCUCCAAGCGACCGGACUCACGUCCAUCGGCCAGUCCUUGAGGACCGCUUUUGAUUUACUCAAUCUCAAUAGAUUAGUGACUGGGAUAGACAACUAUGGACAGGGAAGGAAUCCCUUCUUCCUCGAACCCGCCAUCAUAAUCGCCAUCACCGACGGCAACAAGUUGACGAGCGGCGGCGGAGUCCAAGACGAGCUCCACCUGCCUCUGACCACUCCGCUGCCGGGCAGCGAGCUGACCAAGGAGCCCUUCCGCUGGGACCAACGGCUGUUCGCUCUGGUGCUGCGGAUCGCCGGCAACGCCUCGGUUGAGCCCGAACCCCUUGGAGGCGUCCCGCCCGACGACUCUCCCAUCACGCCCAUGUGCGAGGUCACUGGAGGGCGAUCGUACAGCGUGUUCUCUCAGCGCAUGUUGAAUCAGUGUCUGGAGUCUCUGGUGCAGAAGAUCCAGAGCGGAGUGGUGAUCAACUUUGAGAAGACGGGGCCUGACCCGCCGCCGCUCGAGGACGCUCCAGCUGAGGCGCUGAAGUCCGGUCUGCAGCCGUGGCACUGCUGCCACAAGCUGAUCUACGUUCGACCCAACCCCAAAACCGGUGUACCCAUCGGUCACUGGCCCGUCCCCGAGGCCUUCUGGCCCGACCAGAACUCCCCCACGCUGCCGCCUCGCUCAGCCCACCCCCACGUACGCUUCUCCUGUCUGGACGCCGAGCCCAUGGUGAUCGACAAGGUGCCCUUCGACAAGUACGAGCUGGAGCCGUCGCCUCUCACGCAGUACAUCCUGGAGAGGAAGUCCCCGCACACCUGCUGGCAGGUGUUCGUAUGUAACAGUGCCAAGUACAGCGACCUGGGCCAACCCUUCGGCUACCUAAAGGCCAGCACGGCCCUCAACUGUGUCAAUCUGUUUGUGAUGCCCUACAACUACCCCGUGCUUCUGCCACUUCUGGACGACUUGAUCAAAGUGCACAAGUUCAAGCCCACCAUCAAAUGGCGACAAUCCUUUGAGAACUACCUGAAGACCAUGCCUCCAUAUUAUAUCGGGUCUUUGAGGAAGGCCAUGAGAAUCAUGGGAGCACCGAACCUGCUGGCGGAAAACAUGGAGUACGGCCUGAGCUACAGCGUCGUCUCCUACCUGAAGAAGCUCAGUCAGCAGACAAAAAUCGAAUACGAUCGCCUGAUCGCCCUGAUUGGCAAAAAGCAGCCGCCGGAGGCCGGCAUCAAGGUGCGCUGGCGCGGCGGAGGCUCGUCUCUGGCCCAGCGCAGGAACUUCAUCCAGCAGCUGCAGAGUCUCACGGGAGAGGGUCCGACUCUGCCCCUCGAGCUCAACCCCAAAGAGUUCCAAGGCUUUCAUCUGGCACUGCUCAACAAGGGCCUGAAACCUCAGAGCUUUAGGAAUCCCUACGACAUCCCUCGCAGCCACCUGCUGGACCAGCUCAGCCGAAUGAGGAGAAAUCUGCUCAACACCGGCGUCUGUAAUCUCAGAGGGCAAGACUCAGACCAGCUCCACAGCGUGCCAAUCGCCCAGAUGGGCAACUACCAGGACUUCCUCAAAGCUGCUCCUCAGCCCCUUCGAGACGCCGACCCCGAGCAGCCCAAACGCCUGCACACGUUCGGCAACCCCUUCAAACUGGACAAGAAGGGCAUGAUGAUCGACGAGGCCGACGAGUUUGUGACGGGCCCUCAGAACAAAGGGAAGCGACCGGGGGACAGCAGCAACAUGCAGGGCGGAGGCCCCAAGAGGCGGCGCUGCAUGUCGCCUCUGCUGCGCCUGGGCCGGGCGUACACGCCUCCGGUCACGCCCCCCGCCAGCCCCCGACCCACCGCAGACAUGGACAUAAAUGACGGAGCACCCGAACCCGACUUGAUCAUCAACCACCUGAAUCAGAACCACUACAGCUCGGACAGCGGCUCGGACUCGGAGCUGGAUCACCCGUCGGGGCCGGCCAACCACCAAGAGAACCACGUGGCCGCGGACCCCCAGGACCUCCGGCAUAGUGGGGACGGGGAGGACGAAGACGGCGAAGACGAGGAGAACGGGCAACCCCGGGGCGUGGACGAGCUGCCACUGAGCAGCGACGAGGAGGGAUUGAACAUGGUGCUGGUGGACGACCAGCCGCCCCGCUACCUGUCGCCCUCGGCUCUGAAGAAGCACAUUCACAACGAGACGACGAAGGUCAACAACGAGCUGAGGGUACUCAUCACCAAGGAGAUCAGGAAACCUGGCAGGCUGAGGGAAGGAAUAGGAAAGCUCAGCGAGCAGAACAGAGCAGAGCAGAUGUGUGAAGACUACGAGAAGAUCUUCCUCCUCCUGAAGCAGAUCCAGGGCACUUUGGACACUCGGCUCAUAUUCCUACAAAACAUCAUCAAAGAGGCGGCCAGGUUCAAGAAGCGCGUUCUCAUCGAGCAGCUGGAAAACUUCCUGGAAGAGAUCCACAACAGAUCCAACAACAUGGUACACAUGGACUCGUUCAAUCCCUGAGACCGGUUCAAUCCCAGAAUGAUUUUUUUCUGAGAAUGAACUCGACAACCCUCCACCUCCCCCCCUCAUCCCUCAUCCCUCCUCUUCCUCCUCCUCCUCCUCUUCCUCUUCCUCCCUGGGCCCCUGCGGAGUCGAGACACGACGACGGCGGCAUCCGGCUCUCAAAACUUUCACCUCUCAGGUGGACUCUCUUCGUUUCAUAAGCAUUACUGAUUGUUGGUUUACACAGAAGAAAUGGGG